UAAAAUGUUUCUUCUGGUCUAUUUCCUUGUUCCGAAUCCUCCUCUCUGAUCAAUUCACCGAUGGAAGUUUCACACACACCAGCGCGCGUGUGCGUGUGUAGCGCUACAGUGAGAGACACGCACACUCAGCCUUGAAGUUAAAUUGUUGGAAAGCAUGUCGCGCUCGCUCUGAUAUCAGAGAAGUUGAACUAAAGUGGAUAAUUUCUCAUGGAAUUACCAGUGUGGAUUAACUCGCGGUAAAGCGAUAAAAAAAAAUCGGCGCCCGUACUUGUCUGUGGACAUGAGUAUAUGAACCUGCUCAGCAUUCUGUAGCGGCGGAGCUGGUUUAUGGUGAGUUUGAGACAGGCAGUUCGCUCCAUUUCGGGAGAAAUGAUGUGAACAGCACGAACGUUUUAAGAAAACUUUUACUUGAGUCUCCAGGGAGAACACAAGUAGCUAAUUGGUCUCUUUUCAGAAUUAUAAGUGGUUCUUCCACGCUUGGGAUUUUAGUUUAGUGUGCAACCGCCACGGAAAGAAUGAACAGCUCUGGGCGCGUGGCACUGGCGCUGUUGCUCGCGCUGCUGGUGGGCUUUACCGGGGGCACACAAGGCCAGGUAGUGUCCGCCAAGGUGAUGCGGUCUUCUAACGUGAGGCAACAUGACUUGUACCGGAAAGAAGAGAUCGUCACGGUAACGGCAACGGGCGGAGUCAUCCAGAGCCCCCGCUUUCCUAACGCCUAUCCCAGGAACCUGCAGUUGUCAUGGAAACUACUGUCGCCCCACAACACCCGCAUCACCCUGGAGUUUGACUCCCACUUUGCACUGGAGGAACCAGAGAACGAAGUCUGCAGAUAUGACUUUGUGGAGGUGGAGGACAUGUCAGAGACCAGUACUAUUGUCUGGGGGAGAUGGUGUGGUCAGAGAGUCCCCCCUCGUCUUACCUCCAAAACCAACACCCUCAAAGUCUCCUUCAAGUCAGACGACUACUUCGUGGCCAAGCCUGGCUUCAAACUCCACUUUUCUCUACAGGAUGAUUCUCUUCCUACAGCAUCGAAGACUAACUGGGAGGCUGUGACCCUGAUGGAGGACAGUCUGUCAGUGUUGGCUCCAGCGGUGACUGAUGUUCCUCUGACAGCAGCAGCGUUGGACCAGACCAUAGCAUCCUUCAACACAGUGGAGCAGCUCCUCCGCCACCUCAACCCUGGCAGCUGGAGACAGGACCUGGACAGCUUGUACAGAGAGACGGCCAUGUACAGACCCCGGGCCUACCAGCACAGCAGACAGAACAAGAUGAAGGGAGCCGUUUCUUAG